CUAGAUGUCACUAGGUGCGCUUAUCCAAUAGAGAAAACAUGAAGCAGAGAAUCACAUCAUUUGAUUGGUCAGACGGCAUCACGUGACGUCGUGUUUCGCAUUUCCUCUCGUGAUGCGUGUAAACAUUGCACAUGCACGUUGAUGUGAUUGAAUGUGGCGAAAUAAUCUGGCAGCGUGUAGCGACAAUGGUGAAGUGUGUGGUCCAAGGAUGCAUAAACCACAGGGAUCUCAGACCGGGAGAGCAAUCGAGCCGACCGCGCAAGAGGUUUUUCAGUUUCCCCAAGAACAAGGCCCGAGUGAAAGUGUGGCUGGCCGCUUUACGGGAGACUGAGCGCGAAAUCACAGAUCAACAUCAGAUAUGCGAGGAUCAUUUCCUGAGCCAUCACAUUACGCCGAACGGCAUCAGCGCGGACGCCAUCCCUAUUAUGCCCCCAUUAGAGGGACCGGUCUCCGGCUGGAGCUCGUGUGAUGAGCUGGAAGAGCACUCGGAUCCAGUGGAAGAAGGUGGGGUUGCUGCAGAAGAUGGUCUUUAUGAUGUGGAGUUUGAGGAUUUUGAGGAAGAUGAUGAUGAAGACCGCAGUCUUGCAGAUGAUGGUUCACAUAACAUGAAUAGUCAAGUACAAGGACAGUGUCUCACUGGAAGUUUAAUCAGCUAUCCCAACAUUAACAAUAUGAAUCAAGCAACAGGGGCAUCCACCAGUCAAGUUUUCAUUCCAGUUCCGAAUCGCUCUGACGUUGCUCUUGGACGACUGACCAAACGCUUCAUGCAGCUGCUUCACUCGGCACCGAAUGGAGUCCUUGACCUCAAUGAGGUUACUCGAAAACUGGGCACACGAAAGAGGCGGGUGUAUGACAUCACUAAUGUGCUAGCAGGCAUCCAGCUAAUCAAAAAGACGUCCAAAAACAAGAUCCAGUGGAUGAAUCCAUCACCAAACAGCAGCUUGGGGAACCAGUGGAGCGCCAAGACGAAAGCUGACCUACUUCAUCUGAAGUCAACGGAGGAGGCCCUUGACUGGCUCAUCAAAGACUGUGCCCAACAGCUCUUCGCCCUGACCGACCUCAAAGACAAUGCUGACUCAGCUUAUGUGACAUAUGAGGACAUCUGUCAGAUUGGUGUUUUCAAGGACCAGACUAUAAUAGCCAUCAGGGCCCCUGAAGAGUCCAAGCUAGAGGUGCCCACUCCCACUGAGGAAUCUAUCCAGAUCCACUUGAAAGGCUGCCGGGGGCCCAUCCACAUACUCACCUGUGAAACUGAGGGCCCAAGUGAAGCUGUGGAUCCAGUUAACACAGAAUCCAAGCUUGUCAAACCAGCCUGCUUUCUAACACUAGAGGAGAGCCGGAUACACACACAAUCAUUAAUAUCAGUAAAGGCAUCCAGAAAGUUUACAUUUCAACGGCGGGAAGACAGUAGUGCAGCUGAGCAUUGUUGUGUUCCAUUGUGUUCGGCUUCCUCAAAGUUCAACUCUGUGCUGAGCUUUCAAUCUUUCCCCACGGACGAAGAAAGACGCAAAAAGUGGAUAUGCAACAUUCGACGCAAGGAUUUAAUCAUCACUUCCCAUAUGAGAGUCUGCAGUCGUCAUUUCAAGAGAGAAGAUGUGAAAGAGCCGUCGACUCCUAAAGGGCGCCGCUUGGUGAAGAAAGGGGCUGUACCAACCUUAUUCCAGUGGAACAACUACUCUGAUCCAGCACCACUGCAGAGGAGAAAGGGUUCCACUCCAGUGGAUGGAGAUCCUGCACCUGUGGACCUCUAUGAACAUGACAAUUGUUCAGUUCCUGAACUUGCAGCAGUUGAUAUUGCAUUGGAUAGGGCUGCAGAAUGACUGACUGAACACGUUUUUUCCCAUUUGUUUUUGCAGAUGUUUCAAAUACUGUAGCAGCUGUACAGAGCGCUUAAGGACCUAAAAGAAGAGCCUUUGCUUCUUUGAGCCCAUCUUAACAGACUUUGUUGGCCUUUUUGGAGAGACCACUGUGCAUAUAUUCACUCUGCCGGGUUAAAGACAUCAUGUGGAGAUUUUUGAUUUGUAAAUAUACGGAUGAGUAUUUUGAACAGUUUAAAGUAUUUUUUCUAUAACCAUUAUGAGGAAACUUGAAGGUUGUCUUUUGAAAAGGGUGAUUUUUUUUUUCUUGGACCAUCUGAAUAUGCUGUAAAUUAAUAAAAUCAGUGGUGGUUGAAGAUAGACCUUGGACCCUGUUUCAAUAUGGCAAGAUGUCCUUGUUUAUUGGGGAGUGCUUUGUAAAUGUAUGCUAAAGUUUGAGGUCUGAGAUUUUUAUUUUUUUUUUUGGAAGGAAAUUAAUACUUUUAUUCAGC